UCCAUAUAACUACCGCAGCGCUGCAUCAACGGCGUCUGGGCUUCCGCAGACCAUUGUUUCUCAAUCCCCAUCCCCAUCGCAAAGCUUCUCCGUUUCCUCCGCCCCAGCCCAUUGUUUUCGGCUCGACCCCCCUGCACUUGCUGGUUCCGCGAUUCCACGCCAGACGUAAGUGGUGCGUAACCGCGCUCCUCCCCGGUUGUGUGACAGAACGUGCUUCACGAUACAAAGACUGUCGACUCUGCAACUCAAAUCCACUCCACCGCCGUCCCCGUCCAUCGCCGCCCGCUGCUGCGCCCUUCUUUAAAAUGCCACUCUUCACCAGCGUUCAGUCGCUGCGUGUCCGGAACCUCGCCCCUGAUCCCAACUUCGCGCUGAUGACUUCCGAUGCCUACCAAUCAUCCAAUGGCCUCAUGGCCGCCCUCAAGCACCAGCGCCCGCCGCCUCACAGUGCCCAUCCCGACUUUGGCAACCUCACCCUGCUCGUCUUCGAGGCCGUCAUGGAGGUCGUAUGCGUCAGUCUGCCGGGCUACAUAGUCGCUCGAAUGGGCAUGUUCGACGCCAAUGCUCAAAAGUUUGUCGCGAACCUCAACACGCAGCUUUUCACGCCCUGCUUGAUCUUUACAAAACUUGCCUCUCAACUCAGCGCCGAUAAGCUCGUCGAGCUCGGCGUCAUUCCCUUCAUCUUCAUCGUCCAAUUGCUCGUGUCCUACCUCGCUGCCCUGCUCAUCUCGCGGAUAUGCGGUUUCAGAAAAAGGGCCAAGAACUUUGUUGUGGCAAUGGCUGUGUUUGGCAAUUCCAAUUCGCUCCCCAUCUCCCUCGUCAUAUCGCUUUCCAAAACCCUCCAGGGACUCCAUUGGGACAGGAUCCCAGGUGAUAACGACAACGAAGUCGCUGCCCGUGGCAUUCUAUACCUGCUCAUCUUCCAACAGCUUGGUCAAUUGGUGAGGUGGACUUGGGGGUUCAACGUCUUACUGGCUCCCGCUAGCGCGUAUCGCGAUGAAGAUGAAGGAAGAAACAGCAUCAUGGAGAACGGCGAAUACAGUGAGGACGAAGCCGAGCGCUUGUUGGAUGACACACACUCGGACUACGAAUCUGGUAAUGCCACUGGCUAUACAAGCUAUGCGACCUCUGUUUCAGCAACCUCCGCCAGCGAUUCGGAUUCUAUCCAUCAACGCGAAAACGCCCAGGCCGGUGCCACGUUCGUGACACCUACGAACGGGAAUGCGGUGGUGAAGGGAACAGGCAAUAUGGGUCGCGACCAUUCCAGGGCUAACGGCGAUGCCAAUGGCUCUGCUGGACCUCACAAGGUUGAUGAACCACCCAAGGGCAUCAAAGGAACGAUAUACCGCGCCAAACGAUCCAUUGCUCGCUCGACAAAGACUGCCCGUAACGGUACCGCGAGAAUUGCCAAAAAAGGCUUCGCUGCUUUGCCAAAUUGGCUUCAGCGGUCAUUGACCGCAAUCAGCGCCUUCUUGAGCAGAUUUCUGGCUGGGUGCUGGGAGUUCAUGAACCCUCCUCUUUGGGCCAUGUUGAUUGCUAUCAUCGUUGCGUCCGUUCCCCAAUUGCAGCAUGCCUUUUUCGAUCGCGGAACCUUUAUCAGCAACUCGGUGACACGGGCUGUCAGCCAAAGUGGCGGCGUAGCCGUUCCACUCAUUCUAGUGGUCCUGGGGGCCAAUCUCGCCCGCAAUACCCUUCCUCAGGAAGACAUGCACUCCAUCGAAGACCAAAAAUUGGAGAAGAAGCUGGUCAUCGCUUCAUUACUCAGCCGAAUGCUGAUCCCCACCAUCAUCAUGGCACCUCUUCUUGCGCUGACGGCCAAAUUUGUCCCGGUCAGCAUCCUGGACGACCCAAUCUUUGUCGUUGUUUGCUUUUUGCUCACGGGAGCCCCGAGUGCCCUGCAAUUGGCCCAGAUCUGCCAGAUCAACAACGUCUACAUGGGGGCUAUGUCGAGUUUGUUGUUCCAGAGUUACGUGGUGUGGAUUCUACCGUCUACUCUGGUUCUGGUGAUGCUCGCACUCGAGACGCUGGAAUGGGCUGUCCUGUAGCUUCUGCGAUUGGUCUUUGUACGGCAAAAUGGAGAAGAGGCGCACGGCGAAUGUUUGCGUCAUGGGAAGAAAAAAACACGGGCGGUUAUUUGUGUUAGUUUCAUGUAUUAUCACGGUCAUUGUUGGUUUUCCUCGAUCUUUAGAAGGGUUCAAGCAUUGUAGCGAGCGUUGUUAUUGGCAGAUACCCGGUGCACACUAGUCUUCCACCAGUAGUGUCUACCUAUUUAUCCCCUUCGGACUCCCCCAGUACAUAAUCAUGUCAUUUUGUCCAUGCCAGUUUUUGGACCCAAAUUAUCAAGGGACACAAGCAGGAACGCUCGUCACUGCAGACAGACCC